AUGCCGUUUGCCCGAAAAGGUGGUCACUUCUCCCCCGUGGUCACCGUGGUGGCGGCGGACUUCGAACUUCGGCCGAGUUUCCAGGCGACCGUCUCAUUUUCCUCUCUCCUCUCGCUUGUAGUGAUCGAGGGCCGUGGGGUCGCCGACACCAUCCAGAGGUUCUCCUCGCUGCCGCCCUACCUGCCCGUGAGUUUCCGCGUCCUGAGAGCAGAGACCUCCUUUCUCCUGAGGGAGACGCACCAGGACGCGACGCACAACUCCAGCCUGCAGUCCAGGGUGCAGUCCUUCUUCACCUACAGAGCCGAGAGGCCCCCGCUCUUAAAUGCCAGCUACGGGCCUUUUUCUGUGGAGAAGGUCAUGCCGCUGGACUUGACCUUGACUUCGAACUUCCUGGGCCCGCCCGAUAAGUUCAGUCUCAGCUGGAGGCUGAAGGCCCACGUCCUUCGGGACAGGAUCUACCUGGGCCGGCCCACCGUGCAGGUACUGUUCCACUUGGUGGGCCGGGACUGGGCCGAGCGCCGCCCCGGGGAGCAGCUGCCGUGCCUGCGGGUGUUCGCGUUCCGGGAGACCAGGGAGGUGCGGGGCAGCUGCGGGCUGCGGGGCGAGCUGGGGCUGUGCGUGGCCGAGCUGCGGCUGCCGGCCAGCUGGUUCAGCACCCCCGCCGUGGUGGCCGGGAGGAGGAGGCCCGUGGACCCGGCCGAGGGCAGCGCGGUGGAACUCUACUACACCGUGCACCCGGGGGACGAGCGCGGGGACUGUGCCGGGGGCGACGUCAGGAAGGGCAACGCCAUCCGCCCCGGGAAGGACAGCCUGGAGGACACCACCUCGCAGCUGCAGAGGAUCGGCACCGUGGGCCUCUACCAGGCCCAGGACAGCGGGGACCAGCUCAGCCAGCUGCGUUUGGAUGGCAACGUGGCCGUCUGGCUGCCCUCCCGGCCAGCCAAGCAAGGAGACGUGGUCACUGCCUACAUCACCGUGGCCAGCAACUCCACCGUGGACUUCUUCAUCUUGAGAGCCAAGGUGAAGAAGGGGGUGAACGUCCUGGGCGCCCGGACCAGUGAGCCUCGGCAGUGGGACAUCAAGCAGGAGCUGGGCAACGGCGGGAAGCACAUGGCCAGCACCCUGGUGUGCCAGCGCCUGGGGCCCAGCACACACAACAGAAGCAGCGGUUCGUUCAGCGAGGUCGUGCAGAUGAGCUUCGAGGUCACCAGCUUCAGCAGUCUGUCGGGGACGCAGCCCAUCACCUGGCAGGUGGAAUACCCGCGGAAGGGGACCACAGACAUCGCUGUGUCUGAGAUCUUCAUCAGCCAGAAGGACCUGGUUGGCAUCGUCCCCUUGGCCAUGGACACCGAGCUCCUGAACACCGCCGUCCUCACGGGGAAGGCCGUCGCCUUGCCCGUCAGGGUAGUGUCUGUGGAGGAGAACAGCGCCGUGGCCGACAUCUCGGAGUCCGUGGAGUGCAAGUCCGCGGACGAGGACGUCAUCAAGGUGUCGGACCGCUGCGACUACGUCUUCGUCAAUGGCAAAGAGAUGAAGGGCAAGGUGGACGCGGCUGUGAACUUCACCUACCAGCACCUGAGCGCACCCCUGCGCAUCACCGUGUGGGCGCCCCGGCUGCCGCUGCAGAUCGAGGUCUCGGACACAGAGCUGAGCCAGAUCAAGGGCUGGCGGGUCCCCAUCGUGGCCAGUAAGAGGCCCACGCGGGACAGCGAGGACGAGGACGAGGAGGAGCGGCGGGGCCGGGGCUGCGCCCUGCUGUACCAGCACGCCACCGUGCGGGUCCUCACCCAGUUCGUGUCCGAGGGCGCCGGCCCCUGGGCACAGCCCAGCCUCCUGCUCAGUCCCGACUGGCAGGUGGACAUCACCCACCUGGUGGCCGCCUUCAUGAAGCUGGAGGAGCCCCAUGUGGCCACGCUGAAGGACAGCAGGGUCCUGGUCGGGCGGGAGGCCGGGAUGACCACCAUCCAGGUGCUAUCGCCGCUGUCCGACUCCAUCCUGGCCGAGAAGACAGUGACCGUGUUGGAGGACAAAGUGUCGCUCACAGACCUGGCCAUCCAGCUCGUGGCCGGGCUGUCUGUCACCCUCCACCCCACCCCGGAGAACAGCAAGGCCGUCACGGCCGUGGCCACGGCGGAGGAGCUGCUGCGGUCCCCCAAGCAGGAAGCCGUGGUCAGCACCUCCCUGCAGUUCAGCGACGGCUCCGUGACGCCCCUGGACAUCUACGACACCAAGGACUUCACCCUGACGGCCACCUCCCUGGACGAGGCUGUCGUGUCUGUGGCCCAGGCCCGCUCUCCCAGGUGGCCGGUCGUGGUGGCCGAAGGGGAGGGCCAGGGGCCGCUGGUCCGCGUGGACCUGAGCAUCGCAGAGACCUGCCAGAAAUCCAAACGCAAGAGCAUCCUGGCCGUGGGUGUCGGCAACAUCAGAGUCAAGUUUGGCCAGAACAACGUGGACUCCGGCCCCGGCGGGGACGAUGACCAGGGCGAGAUCAAGAACCACGCCAGUGACCGGCGGCCAAAGGGCCAGGACGGGCACGUCCAGGGCAGCUCGUCGUCGGAGCGAGAGGAGGGGGCCGUGUCCCGGGGCAGCACCACGGCCAGGCCGCUGCUGGACAACAAGGUGGCCAAGAACAGCCGUCUAGACGGGGGCAGGCUGCAGAACAUCCCCAUCGACUUCAGCAACUUCCCGGCGCAGGUGGAGCUCCCUCGGGCCGGGGCCGGGGCCGGGGCCGGGCUGGCGGACAGCGGCCUGGUGCAGGCGGCCCGCGGCCUCAGCGACCUGCAGAUCGGCAUGUACGCCCUCCUGGGGGUCUUCUGCCUGGCCAUCCUCGUCUUCCUCAUCAACUGUGCCGCCUUUGCCCUCAAGUACCGGCACAAGCAGCUGCCCCUGGAGGGCCAGGCCUCCGUGACGCACUCCCACGACUGGGUGUGGCUGGGCAAUGAGGCCGAGCUCCUGGACGGCGUGGGCGAGGGGUCUCCGCAGCCCAACGAACACACGACCAUCAUAGACCGCGGGCCGGGGGGCUUCGAGGACAGCAGCCGCCUCCUGCUGAACGGAGGCUCCCAGAAGCACGCGCAGGGCCAGGCGCACAGGCCGGCCGCGUCGGGGGCCAGGCAGGAGCCCCCGCACUCGCCCACCUCCCGGAGGAAGAAGGUGAAGUUCACCACCUUCACCACCAUCCCCCCCGACGACAGCUGCCCCACGGUGAACUCCAUCCUCAGCGGCCAUGACGAGGACAUCAAGUGGGUGUGCCAGGGCCUGGACGCGGGCGCCCCCACGGAGCUCAGAAACUAUCUGGAGAAAUUCAAGGACAAAGUGUAG